UUUGACCAUACCUGACCUCUUACAAUUGACUUUCGCUCAAUUGUAACUAUUUUUAGGCAUUCUUAUGGCAACUUUAUAAUAUUGGUAACAUACAUAGUCCAAGCUUCUGUGGUCUACCAAUGGGCUAUUUUGGUCAAAAACAAAUAUAUUUUCUAAUAUCUCUCUUAUUACUCCAAAGUGAUGAAGUUUUUUUAUCAAACAUAAUUAAAGAUAAGGAUAAGAUUUAAUCUCUAGCAAUUCAAUAUCAGUAAGCUACCUGGAUUAGAUAUUGAAUGAAAAAAUAUUGCAUUAUUAUUUCAAAGACUAAAGCUCUACAUUUUGUCAAAUCAGAAAGAAUAUUUUUAUAUUGUUGCUCAAAAAACUCUUUGAGAGACAGAGCUGCUUCCCACAUUGUGGCAAGACUUUUGAAUCCUUGGUUAACCGCAGAUAAAGUGAGGUUUAUAGAACAUUGUUUUCAGCUACUCGUGACUUGAGGUCAGACUUUUAAACGACUCUUUUUAUUUAUGGUGAAGAUUUGUAUGUAUCGAACUGAUAUGGAUCAUCACAUGGAUCAUAUGGAUCAUUCCCAGCACACGCUGCAUGACCACGCCAAUCAUGAGAUGCAAACAAGUACGGGAGAGACCCAUGAAGGCCAUGCGGGAAUGGAUCAUAUGGAUGGUGGUCAUAUGAUGAUGGCUAUGUAUUUCUUCUUUUCAAAAAGUUGCACAGUCCUUUUUGAACAGUGGCAUUUUGAAACCGCAGGCGGUCUUAUAGGAUCUAUGAUAGGGAUAUUUAUUAUGGCAGCUCUAUAUGAGGGUCUGAAAUAUUUUCGGGAGUACCUGUUUUGGAAAACAUACAAUAACCUGCAAUAUCGAGCGGUGGCGAUACCGGACAAAAACGCGACCACAGAAGAACCGCAGGUUGUGCAGCCGUCGAUGCUGAGCAAGAUGCACUUUCUCCAAACUUUUCUCCAUAUGCUGCAAAUGGUGAUCUCGUACUUCCUUAUGUUGAUUUUCAUGACGUACAACGCGUGGUUGUGCAUAGCGGUCGUGUUAGGCGCGGGGGUCGGAUAUUUCUUGUUCGGCUGGAAAAAAUCCGUCGUGGUUGAUGUUACGGAGCAUUGUCACUGAUAUAAAGUGCGAACGAAGAGAUGCCGCGUUAGAAUAUUAAGAUGAACCUGUAUUAUAUUGUAAAUUAAGACACAAAACGGAUAUGGUCCGGUAGCAGGGUGGUCCCAAAAGUAACGUCACUUUUUAAACAGCAUUUAUUUCCGAUGAUUGAUAGAUCAUUUUGGAGCUUGGAUCUAUUCCUGUAGGUGAAAUUAACAGAAUAAAUGCUAGAAUAAAAGUGAUGUCAAAAAAGGGGGAGUCCACCACAGCGUGCUCUUCCUCUCUCCCUAUAAGAUCACACAAUCUAAUAUUGAUAUGAAUAAUGUAUGUAAUGCUUUUACAAAAAUUGGAAGCCUUACUUUUGGGAUUUGCCCGUACAUCUUGAAGCACGGAUCGAAAUGACAGUCACAGCUUUUACAGUCGAAAUUUUUGGUUGUAAUAUCAACUAAACUAGAGUUACCUGGAGUAUAUUAGAAGGAAGUGGAACGAUGUUCUGUACUUCAUGGUUUCUGUGGUAUAAAAUUGGCCUUCUUUUAAUGCGCGUUUUUUGGCGGAAAAAGUCUGGGAUUCUCUGAGAAUCGGUAGUCAGGCUUGACAUGAGACUUAGGUGUUGCCACUAAGACUGCAGUUUUCUUGCCAACCACACAGAUCAAUAGCACCUUGUGACUGUGAAUCAGCCCGUCUUGCCAGAGAAUGUGUCAUUUUCAGUCUACCGUUCUGAAAAGUUGAGCUUAAUUAAUACAGUUUUAGAGUGAGUUGACUGUCAUUUCAAUAGUGCUGCAGAAAGGUUAUACAGUUUGUGAAAAGCAUAGAAGUAUAGACGCUGAUUUGGGUUCAUGGUAUAUCAUCAACUAUGCAACGAAAUGGUUGAAUCUAUAGUAUUAAAAUGUUCCAAACUUCUUGAAAAGACAUCUUCCUUCAAUGUAGCAAAUAAUGUUAAUGUAGGGCCUCCGAUAUUGUCCUAUUACGCCAAAGUGAUUUUUAACAGAGACUUGUUCAUGCCUGAAUUAAGGUAAAUUUUAAGUUCAUGUUGUCAUUUUUUUUGUUGCUGUUAUUUUUUAACUAGUAUUUACCGUUUUAGAUAUUUUAUGUAUACAUAUUUAUUUAGAAAGUUACAGUUUCUUUACCAUACUUGAAUGUAACCUUUAAUACUUUAACUUUAAGAUGAAGAUUUUAUUAUUAAAUUGGGAACCGAAACAUUGUUUUUAUUUGUCUGUUGGUCGCUUCUUCUUCUAGGGCGUUAAAAAAUAAUUGAUAGAUCGAAAUACAGCAGACGCUCGAUAAUGUAAACUAAACUUCUUUUCUUUCAGCCCAAUCUAAAGCUUGGUUAAAAACUUGUAUAGCUUGCGCGUCAGUCACU